UUUAUGUUUGACGGCUGUCAGAUUCUUUUACGUCAAGCUUUCAUUUCCGAGAGGAGUUUGUUAGCAGGCAAGAAAUUCCAGUCAAAAAAUGGCGAAAACAAAAAAGGUUGAGAAACGUAACAAGUCUGCCAUCAAUGAGGUGGUUACACGCGAGUGCACGAUUCACUUGUCGAAGCGUGUACACAACAUUGGUUUCAAAAAGCGAGCACCACGCGCCAUCAAGGAAAUCCGCAAAUUCGCUGAAAAGGAAAUGGGCACCAAUGAUGUGAGAAUCGAUACUCGCCUAAACAAGCACAUCUGGUCCAAGGGUAUCCGUUCGACUCCAGUUCGCGUACGUGUGCGCCUUGCUCGCAGGAGAAACGAUGAUGAGGAUUCACCCAACAAAUUGUACACAUUGGUGACAUAUGUGCCAGUUUCCACAUUUAAGAACCUGCAAACGGAAAAUGUUGAAUCCAGCGAUGAUUAAACAAAAUAAUGGAAUAUUGCAUGUGUGUAUGCAAUUAACUAAAUACAUCGUCCGGGUUUAGAAGUUUAUUAAAAUUACAGACUAAUGUUAAUAAA